AUGAGUCAACUCGAUGCGCCCACUCUAGCCGCCACAGGCUUCCUGAUCCUAUUCGUCGGGGCUGUAUACAGAUACAUAUUGCAUCCCGCCGCUCUCUCGUCGCUGUCCAAGAUCCCCAGCGCUCAUUGGUCAUGCUCAGUCUCCCCAAUCUGGAUUCUGUGGGUUAGGUUCCAGAAUCGGGAGAAUAGGACACUGCACGAGGCACACCGCAGGCAUGGCCCCGUCGUGCGCGUCGCACCCAACGAGGUGUCGGUGAACAACAUGGAUGCAGUGAAAACUGUGUAUGUACAGGGUGCUUUCGAUAAGCAUGAAUGGUACUCCGUUUUUCAUAACUACGGCGUCCCAAACACCUUCUCCUCCCUGGAGGCCAAGCCCCACUCGCUGAGGAAGCGCAUGGUGUCCAAUGUGUACUCGAAGUCCUUUAUUCACUCUUCGGCAUCGUUGGCCACCCAGAGCGAUGUUAUCCUCAACUCAAGGCUCCUGCCGGCUCUCGAGACUUCAAUUUCUAAGCACCAGGACCCCCAUGGGCUAGAUGUUCACUCGUUAUUUGCCGCUACUGCCAUGGACUUCAUAUCAGCAUACUGUUUCGGUAUCAAGAAUAGCUCCAACUUCAUCCAGCGGAAAAACUUCCGCGAUCACUGGUUGGAGCUGUACAAAGUACGCAAGGGGUACGGUUUCUUCGCGCAAGAGCUUCCACUGUUGUCACGGGCCCUGGGGUUCUUUUGGAUCAGCCUGACGCCGACUUGGGUCCUCGCUGCCAACCAAGAGCUGGAAGCGUGGUGCAAGAAGCUGUGCGAUUCCGCUCUGGCGUUUCUCAAGAAGACAGGGAGCGAGACCCAAGCUUCCGCGGAUGACCCCGUUGUCAUUCGUGCCCUGUUGACGGGCUUGGAGAAGGAGAAGGCGUCGAGCGGGGAGGACUCCCCAAUUCACUCGACAGCGAUCCUCAAGCCGGAGGCCUCGGUCGCCUCCGAGAUCAUCGACCACCUGCUCGCGGGCCAAGAGACCACUGGAGUCGCCCUGACCUUCUUGACAUGGCACCUAUCGCGUUCUCAAGACUUGCAGAGGGACCUGCGAGCCGAGCUUCUCACUCUCAAGCCAGACGUGCGUCUGGAAAAUGGCACGGCACACAUACCCGAUCCAAAGCAACUCGACAGCUUGCCCAUACUGCACGCACUGGUGGUGGAGACGGUAAGGAGAUAUGCCCCUGCAGGCGGGCCAGAGCCCAGAGUCGUGCCCGCGCCGUCGUGCCGCAUCGGGCCGUACGAGGUCCCGGGCGGAGCACGCAUCUCAGCCUCGGUGUAUAACUUGCACCGAGACGAGAAGUACUUCCCCGACCCCGAGACGUGGGACCACUCCAGGUGGCUGCGUGCAGCAGAUGGUGAUGAGGCACAGAAGAACCUCGCCAGGCAGUUUUGGGGCUUCUCGAGUGGCGGGCGGAUGUGCCUUGGCUCCAACUUUGCUAUGCAUGAAAUGAAACUCGUGGUUGCUGCCAUAUACUCUAAUUACACGAGCCAUAUCGUCAAUGACGAUGGUAUUGAACCAACGGAUGGGUAUACAGCGCACCCCACGAGUGGGCAGCUUUGGUUACGGUUCGAAAAAGCCAGUUAG